UGUAAGAUCGCUUUCAAAAAGAUGUAUGCACAACUUUAAACAUUUAUAAUCGUAUUUUUAAAUAUUUGUGCGUAAAUUAACUUAGGCACGCAAAAUUAAGUUUUCAUACACGUGAGUCAAUACAAUUACAUUUGUGUUUUUAUGUAAGUGUGAUUCUAGAAGCUAUGACUGUAAACAUUCACGAGUACAACUCUGAUUUCUACGACUACGAAUUCUUCAUUAUGAACACAAAUUCAAGUUUGUGGGGACGAGUAAAGAACAGUUGAAAUGACGUCACUGCCGGCACAGGGCAGGUAAUCGAACCUUGAUUCCAUCUAAAGCGCAUGCGUCAAAGGUGAAAGAUGGCUAACAACAGACCUGAGGCUGCUAGCCCAGGCUCAGCAUCACAGGGCCAAUUAACAGACAUCUUAAGUGCAGCCCAAAACCUGGUGUUGCUAUUGAGAAACAGUGCACCGGCAAAUGUCAUGCCAGUCAGUCAGGGCAGUACAGGAGAAGCUGCUGUUGGACAGGGAGCGCAGUCAGUGAGGCCUCAGCGCAAUGACUCUGGACAGUCUGUCAAACAAGAAAUGGCUCGGUCUUUUCCUGGAUUUUUCCGAAAGGAGGCAAGAGGCAAGAAGCGUUUUGCACCAUAUACACCAACACAACCUGGGAAGAGCUUUUUGGUGAACUUUUUUCUUCUUGAAAAGCAACGUGAAAAAACACCAAAUGGAGAAGAGGAACUGCAGCUUAUACUGGCUGGCCUUGGAAAACGUUCAUUAACCCUUAAUGAAAACAUCACACAUUCAGAGUUUUCAGAUUUGCUUUUGAGCACAUAUCCAAGACUGGCAAAUAUCUGUGGAGGCUGGUUGCUGCACAAGUCCACAGGUGGGGGUGGGCAGCGGAGAUUGGCUGUUAUCCCUCCAGAUUUAAAUGGAUACACUGGCCAGCAGCUAAAAGCAGUGAGCGGGAAUGGAAAAUAUACAAUGUACAUUGCUCCUUUACAAGAAGAACUGGAUACAAUUCCUUUACCACCAGAAGCAAAGGAAUUUGAGAAGAUGCCCAAAGCCCAGUGUACAACCUGCAAAAAAAUGGUUCCGCUUCAGAUUCUUCCAGGACACAUAAAGGAAUGCAAGAAACAACUUGUAGAUUUGUGUGAUUCUGCUGAAGAAGAAAGCUGCAAGGAAGAACAUGAUGAAAGCUGCAAGGAAGAACAAUGCUCAGCUGCACUUUGCUACGAGAAAAGCAAGACCGCUGAGUGUCCUGUGUGCGGAAAUGCAUUUCAUCCUGAAAUCAUUGAGUUCCAUGCAGCCAGUUGCGGAUUACGAGGCAUGCAACAGUGGCAACGGCAGAAGAAGACCUCACCCAAAUGUAGACUUAAGGUCACAUUCUUUGCCGAGGCAGGCAUUGAUACUGGUGCCCUUUCCAAAGAAUUCCUCACAGAAAUGCUGGUAGAAAUAGAAAAAAGACUAUUUGUUGAAGGUCCAGAUAAGAAAGGGAAGAAUCCUGUUUACUGCCUUAACAGUUUGGACUGUAACUUCUUCAGGACUGCAGGAGAAGUCAUGGCAGCUAGUCUGGCACAAGGCGGACCUUGCCCUAACUUCCUGCGUGAAUGGUGCUUCAGAUAUCUCUGCUCUGGUGACUCUGACAGCAUUCAAGUGUCUGCCAGUGAUGUCACAGAUUUGGAACUGUCACAGCUAAUUGUAAAGAUAAACAACGCCAGUGAUGACAACAUCAGUGACCUGAUUGGUGACAUUGUGACCUGCGGAUACACUGGAAUCGUGUCUGAGGAUAAAAGGGACAGCAUAAUAAGAGCUGUUAUACUUCACUCCACCAUGAGACUCAUCCCGAUGCUUGACCAGCUCAGAAAAGGCCUGCAGCUCUAUGAACUACCAACGAUCAUGAAGACCCAUCAAGAGCUUUGCCAACCACUGUUUGUUACAGGGGAAGAUGAUAAGGUGGAUGCAGUCUUCAUUCUGGAAAACAGCCGCCCUGUCUUCAGUGAGAUUGGUUCUGCCAAACACCGCAUGGAAACAAACAUCAUGAAUUUUUUCCAGGACUACCUUCAGGAAAUUGAGGAUUCUGAACAAGAUGGCCCAAGCAACAACAACAUUGCUCCAGAAAGUUUGACUGUUGGAAGAAUCAUGCAGUGGCUCACUGGACAGGGACACAAGCCCCUUCUGCCUAGUGAAAAGAAGGACUUUGUCAUAAAUGUGAGAUUCCACCAUGACUGUGACACACAGCACACUGUUUGUUUUCCUAUUGUCAGCGCCUGCAGUCGUACAAUAACAUUUCCCUCAGUGCACCUGAAAACAUUCAGUGAAUUCAAAAACAUUAUGACAUUAGCCAUAUGCCAUGGGCAAACCUUUGACAGGGUGUAACAACUC